AUGGCCCCCCAAAACAUCUCACAAGACGCUAUUUUCGUGGGUGUAAACAGAUACAGUAAUGUCUGUGACUAUAAAGAUGGUCUAGUUGCGUUUGGAGCUGGAAAAUCGGUUGCAUUAUGGUGCCCCAGAACUACUAGUGCUGGUGUUAAACUCACCUUAAACAAUCACGAGAAAAACGUAACUGCUGUGAAGUUUGUCCCAGAGAGUCUGUUUUUUAUUUCUGGAGGAGAAGAUGGCCGUCUUUCCGUCUGGUCGCUGCAAUUUGGCUCACAAACUGCAGACUAUGCCUUGAGUGGAUUCACACAGCAGGAUGAUGGCUCUGUCACGGCCAUUGCUGUUGCUGACAAUGGGACUAUCGUUACCGGAUCUUCCACUGGAAAUAUAUGCAUUUGGAAUUUGUCUGAAAAUGGUCAAUUGGAGGAGCUUCUGCGUUUCGUGGUACAGAAGAACUUCUUGCCCACGACUUUGGCAAUUCAAACCAUAGACCUGUCACUAUUAUUGGCAGUUGGUGGCACAUCAUCCAAUGUAUACGUUUAUUCCUUCACGACAACGACUCUUCUGUCUAAUCCCCCCUCCCUAUGUGCUAUUCUCCCAGGUCACGAGGAUUGGAUUAAGUGUUUUGCAUUUGUAUGUGAAACUCCAGGGCUCAAUUACAUCUUGGCUUCGGGAUCGCAAGAUAGAUAUAUCAGAUUAUGGCGCUUGCGCUUGAAUGAGGCCAUAGACUCUUCUGAUGAGGACGAGCUGAAAUUACAGCUCCUCGCAAACAAGCAAUACAAAUUCGCAUUGCCCGAAGGCCAUGCUGCAUUCAGUUUUGAGGCUUUGAUUAUGGGUCAUGACGACUGGGUGACAGGCUUACAAUGGCAUCCUUCCGCGGCCGAAGGAAAGCUACAGCUAUUGUCUCUGAGCGCUGACACCGCCUUGAUGAUAUGGCAAAUGGACUCAGAUUCGGGAGUUUGGGUAAGUGUUAGUCGCUUAGGUGAAUUAUCCAUCAAAGGUGCUUCCACUGCGACCGGUUCGUCUGGUGGAUUUUGGUCUUGUCUCUGGUUUGUCGAUCCCAAUACCAGUGAACAGUGCAUUCUAGCCACAGGUAAAACCGGCGCUGUUCGUAUGUAUCGGAGUAGCGAUCCUGAAAACAGAAACUGGGAUGCUGUCAUGGGUGUGACUGGUCCCAUCCGUGAUGUGACUGACGUUGUAUGGCUGCCAGAGGGAACGUAUUUCUACACCACUUCUCUCGAUCAAACCACUCGUUUGUUUGCUCCAUGGACCAAAAACAACUCAAGUAUAGAAUCUAAAGCUACAUGGCAUGAGUUUGCCAGACCCCAAAUCCAUGGCUACGAUAUGGUUUGUUUGGAUAACCUUAGUGGAACCAAGUUUGUUUCUGCAGGUGAAGAGAAAAUCUUGAGAGUUUUUGAGAUGACACAGUCGGUGCACAAACUUCUAAAGAACUUCUGUGAUGUUUCAGAUGACUCGGCGCUGACAUCUGUUUUGCCAGAGGCAGCUUCCUUGCCAGUCUUGGGACUUUCAAAUAAGGCCGAUAAUGACCAGCUCGAAGCUGGUGAAGCACAGCAGAGAGAAGAGGAUUUUGAAAAUGAUACGAAUGAAGAACAACCCGGUAAAGUCGAUGUUCUUGCAGGCUUGUCUACGCCGCCUUUAGAAGACCACUUGCAACGUUUUUCCUUAUUCCCAGAAAUCGACAAGCUUUAUGGUCAUGGUUAUGAGAUUACGUGUUGUGCCAGCUCUCCAAAUGGAAACCUUAUAGCCACGGCUUGCCGUUCCAACUCUGCGAAACAUGCAGUGGUGCGAGUGUUCAAUGCCGCCAAGAACUACCAAUUAGUAAAUGAGGUUUUGCAAGGUCACAAUUUAACCAUCACGAGUAUGGAAUUCUCACCUGAUGGCAAAUACCUUCUUGUAGUCUCCAGAGAUCGUCAAUUGUCGCUCUGGUCUGUUAGAGAUGAAGCAGAGGGCUUGUUUGACCUCGUGGAAUUGAACCAAAAAGCACACACAAGAAUUAUUUGGGAUGCCUCUUGGCUCCCGCAAGGGCGCUAUCAGUUUGUUACUGGAUCUCGUGAUAAGAGCAUCAAAUUGUGGGAAGUGCAAGGAAACUCUGUGGUACUUCAAGGGGCACUCAAAACCGAGACACCAGUCACUUCGGUCUCGACCCACUGCCAAAUCCUUCAAGAUGGCUCAGCAAUUGUUGCUGUUGGAAAUGAAGAGGGUCAAAUCAGUAUCUAUAAGGCUAAUUCUGCUUCAGAUGAGACAUUUACUAAGGUAUACGAUAUUCCAGCAGCUUGGCUUCCUGCCACACGUAUCAGCAAGCUUUCGUUCAGCCCUAAAACUGUUUCCGGUCGUUUGCAAUUGGCUGUUGGAAGCACGGACUCUUCGGUGAGAGUAUUUCAGCUUUCCAUUUAG